AUGUAUGGGAUGUAUGUCGAUAGCGGAUGUUGUUCAAGCGACUUGACUGAUGUUGUCGAUGGAGCAAUGCUGGAAUGCGAUGGGGGCGUGGCGAGCAGGCAAAGCAAGCUGGGCUGUAAGUGGGAAGAUGCGGGGAACCCAAAGUUCCAUCACAACCACAGCAAGGUCGGUACGAUUCAUACGACUGGCUGCGGGAAGCUGGAUGGUGCGAGGAAACAGAAAUACCCAGAAAACAAUUCAUGGGGGUCUUUGAUUCAACCACUGACGCAACCAAUCGAUGCCAACCUUGGAAAGUUGCGACUGAAGUCAUGA